GACGGAGCAACUAACUUGUCGGAGGAAGGCCGUAUGUGUCUUUAUUUUGUCUCUCUGAGUACAGGUAAUUGAAAACUGGAUGGGAUCGUCUGUGCUCUGCUAGCAACAUGGACCUCGGACUUCCAUUUAGUUCUGGCUGUGCUGAAGCACACCAGGUGGACCUGAGAGUGAUGGUGAAAGAAGAAGAUAUAAAAGAGGAGGAAUAUGAUCACAUGAUUUCAUGCCCCAAGGAAGAAGAAAAGCCCUUUGCAGAAUUUCACUGUAAAACUGAAACAGACAUCACAGAGUCACCAAGGUCAACUUACAGUGAACUGCUACAGACAACAGUGAAGGCUGAAGUGAAGAAAGAGGAAGAUGAAGAAGAGGAGGAGGAGGAAGAGCAGCAUGAACAUGUGCUGGAAAGUGUAUCUGAACACCCACACUUGAGGCAACAGAAGACCCGUGGCCAGGAUAAGGAAGGACGUCCGUGCCACAGCACUGUCUGCAGGACGAGUUUCACUUGUCUUUCUCAACCUGAGAACCGCCAGCAAACUCACUCUCCCGGUGUUUAUAAAUGGCAGAGAAUUGGCAAAAGGCGACAUAAAUGUCUCUGUUGUGGAAAGGAGUUGUCUGGAGGUAUUUCACAUCUUAAACGCCAUAUGCUCAUACACACUGGAGAGAAGCCUCAUGAAUGUGCCCAGUGUGGAAAAGCUUUUUCACAAAUUUCAACUCUUAGGCGCCAUAUGUUAACACACACUGGAGAGAAGCCUCAUGAAUGUGCCCAGUGUGGAAAAGCUUUUCCACACAUCAUUGGCCUUAAAAAACACAUGCUAAUACACACUGGAGAGAAGCCUCAUAAAUGUACCCAGUGUGGAAAAGCUUUUACACAAGUUCCACAUCUGAAAAACCAUAUGUUAAUACACACUGGAGAGAAGCCUCAUGAAUGUGCCCAGUGUGGAAAAGCUUUUACACGAAUUUCGCAUAUGAAAGCCCAUAUGUUAAUACACACUGGAGAGAAGCCUCAUGAAUGUGCCCAGUGUGGAAAAGCUUUUAUACGAAUUUCACAUAUGAAAACCCAUAUGUUAAUACACACUGGAGAGAAGCCUCAUGAAUGUGCCCAGUGUGGAGAAGCUUUUAGACACAUCAUUGGCCUUAAAAAACACAUGCUAAUACACACUGGAGAAAAGCCUCAUAAAUGUACCCAGUGUGGUAAAGCUUUUACACAAGUUCCACAUCUGAAAACCCAUAUGUUAAUACACACUGGAGUGAAGCCUCAUGAAUGUGCCCAGUGUGGAAAAGCUUUUACACGCAUCAUUAACCUUAAAAACCACAUGCUCACAGUCUGUGGAGAGAACCCUCAUAAAUGUACCCAGUGUGGAAAAGCUUUUACACAACUUUCAUAUAUGAGAGCCCAUAUGUUGAUACACACUGGAGUGAAGCCUCAUGAAUGUGCCCAGUGUGGAAAAGCUUUUACACACAUCAUUAUCCUUAAAAAACACAUGCGAAUACACACUGGAGAGAAGCCUCAUAAAUGUACCCAGUGUGGAAAAGCUUUUACACAACUUUCACAUAUGAGAGCCCAUAUGUUAAUACAUACUGGAGAGAAGCCUAAAGAAUGUGCCCAGUGUGGAAAAGCUUUUACACGCAUCCUUGGCCUUAAACAACACAUGCGAAUACACACUGGAGAGAAGCCUCAUAAAUGUACCCAGUGUGGAAAAGCUUUUACACAACUUUCACAUAUGAGAGCCCAUAUGUUAAUACACACUGGAGUGAAGCCUCAUGAAUGUGCCCAGUGUGGAAAAGCUUUUACACACAUCAUUAUCCUUAAAAAACACAUGCGAAUACACACUGGAGAGAAGCCUCAUAAAUGUACCCAGUGUGGAAAAGCUUUUACACAACUUUCACAUAUGAGAGCCCAUAUGUUAAUACAUACUGGAGAGAAGCCUAAAGAAUGUGCCCAGUGUGGAAAAGCUUUUACACGCAUCCUUGGCCUUAAACAACACAUGCGAAUACACACUGGAGAGAAGCCUCAUAAAUGUACCCAGUGUGGAAAAGCUUUUACACAACUUUCACAUAUGAGAGCCCAUAUGUUAAUACACACUGGAGUGAAGCCUCAUGAAUGUGCCCAGUGUGGGAGAGCUUUUACACACAUCAUUGGCCUUAAAAAACACAUGCGAAUACACACUGGAGAGAAGCCUCAUAAAUGUACCCAGUGUGGAAAAGCUUUUACACAACUUUCAGAUAUGAGAGCCCAUAUGUUAAUACACACUGGAGUGAAGCCUCAUGAAUGUGCCCAGUGUGGGAGAGCUUUUACACACAUCAUUAGCCUUAAAAAACACAUGCGAAUACACACUAGAGAGAAGCCUCAUAAAUGUACCCAGUGUGGAAAAGCUUUUACACAACUUUCACAUAUGAGAGCCCAUAUGUUAAUACACACUGGAGAGAAGCCUCAUGAAUGUGCCCAGUGUGGAAAAGCAUUUUCACGUAUUUCAACUCUUAGGCGCCAUAUGUUAACACACACUGGAGUGAAGCCUCAUGAAUGUGCCCAGUGUGGAAAAGCUUUUACACGCAUCAUUGGCCUUAAAAAACACAUGCUAAUACACACUGGAGAAAAGCCUCAUAAAUGUACCCAGUGUGGAAAAGCUUUUACACAAGUUCCACAUCUGAAAACCCAUAUUUUAACACACACUGGAGAGAAGCCUCAUGAAUGUGCCCAGUGUGGAAAAGCUUUUACACGCAUCAUUGGCCUUAAAAAACACAUGCUAAUACACACUGGAGAAAAGCCUCAUAAAUGUACCCAGUGUGGAAAAGCUUUUACACAAGUUCCACAUUUGAAAACCCAUAUGUUAAUACACACUGGAGAGAAGCCUCAUAAAUGUACCCAGUGUGGAAAAGCUUUUACACAACUUUCAAAUAUGAAAAAACACAUGCGAAUACAUAGUGGAGAGAAGCCUCAUAAAUUUGCUCAGUGUGGAAAAGCGUAUUCACAAAUUUCACAGUUGGAGACUCACAUGAUGACCCACACAGGGGAGAAGCCUCAUAUAUGUGCUCAGUGUGGAAGCGCUUUUCUAAGAGCGGCAGGCCUAACACGCCACACGCGUCUUUGUUUGAAACAUCGUUCAGAAUUUACUUAAAUCUUCAGAAGCAAAUGAUGGCACACCCUGCCGAACUAGGCAGGUUUUGUUUGCCCUAUGACCGCUUCAAAACCUUGCAAUAGGUAUAAUCGUACAGCUAGCGUAUUCCUGGGAAAUAUUUACCCAUCAAUCUUAGCCCUCGCUGCUGUGUGCAAACUCUGAAAGGAUCUUUUCUGUGAAAUGUAUAUGUUUUACAUAACUAUAAAAAUGCAAGAAAUUUUGUAUUUUAUUAUUAUUAUGGUUAUGAUUAUCUUGUUUUUUUCUUUCAUUAUUUAUUUAUUUAUAUUCAUUAUUCUAUUUUCCCACGUUGUUUGCCGCAAGAAGGCAUUGGUUGUACACAGAAGUGGUUUGUGAACUUGAAUUUUUGCUCAAUGUGCCCAAGUAUUGAUUGAAUU